CGCGCGCCUUCAGCGACUGAGAAUGACGUUGCCAUAAGCCACCUUCAAAUAUUGAUGAAAAAAAUAGAAAGGCAAUAAUAUUUUUUUCCAUACAUUUUUUCGAGCCGUUCGCGUAUUUGUUUUUGUGAGUGAGUAUACUCUCUUUUAGCAGCUAAUGUUGAUUUAAAGGGCGUUUUUUUAGUGUGAGAGAGAGAGAGAGAGGGGGAGAGGGAAGAGAGAGAGAGCGAGGGGGCGGGUGUCUCUCGCUCUCGCCUCGCGCAGCCUCACGCGCUCACUGAUUCGCAUGAAAUCAACACACGGACGGUUUACUUCCACAUUUAUCGCUGCUUUUCGGUAUUUUCUGGAUAUACAACACCAUCAUCGAUGCGAGGCCUUCUAAUGAACACUCAUCGCUGAUAUUAGUCCCGCAUUUCUUCUGUUUUUGUCGUUUUUCCCCCUCAGUGGAGCGUUCGUUAUGAAUUCCAGCCCGCUUCCUAACGGCAGGCUCCUGCCGGACAGCCAGAGCUGGAACUCCUCCGGUUCCGAGGAGGAUCUGGAAGCCGAACCGGGUCCCGGACCGCAUGGAGGGGUGUUGGAGUUCAGCGGGGUGCUCAGUAAGUGGACUAACUACAUUCACGGAUGGCAGGACCGCUGGGUCAUGCUGAAGAACAACACUUUGAGUUACUACAAAUCCCAAGACGAGCGAGAGUAUGGCUGUCGUGGUUCCCUGUGCCUCAGCAAGGCUGUCAUCACACCUCACGAGUUUGACGAGUGCCGUUUGGACAUCAGUGUCAAUGAUAGCGUGUGGUAUCUCCGGGCUCAGGACCCAGAACAUCGCAACCAGUGGAUCGAUUCCAUCGAGCUUCACAGGGCUGAAUCUGGUUAUGGUUCCGAGUCCAGUUUGAGGAGACAUGGAUCAAUGCUUUCCCUCACGUCUGCCACCAGCGGAUACUCGGCCACCUCCACCUCCUCCUUUAAGAAGGGCCACAGUCUGCGGGAGAAGCUGUCCGAGAUGGAGACGUUUCGGGACAUCUUGUGCAGGCAGGUGGACACGCUCCAGAAGUACUUCGACGGCUGUGCUGAUGCUGUUCACAGAGACGAGCUCCAGAGGGACAAGAUCGUGGAGGAUGAUGAAGAUGAUUUUCCUACCACUCGCUCGGAUGGAGAAUUCCUGCAUAACAAUAAUGGCAGCAAGGAGAAACUAUUCCAGUGUUUGAGUCAUAAAGGCAUUAAUGGGAUAGAUUUUAAAGGAGAGGCCAUCACGUUCAAGGCGACCACGGCGGGGAUCUUGGCCACACUUUCUCACUGCAUCGACCUGAUGGUGAAGAGAGAGGACAGCUGGCAGAAGAGACUGGAUAAGGAGAUGGAGAAGAGGAGGAGGGUGGAAGAAGCGUAUAAAUCCGCUCUGAGUGAGCUAAAGAAGAAGUCUCAUUUCGGAGGGCCCGAUUACGAGGAGGGUCCGAACAGCCUGAUCAAUGAAGACGAGUUCUUUGAUGCCGUGGAGGCCGCUCUGGACAGACAAGACAAAAUAGAAGAGCAGUCUCAGUGUGAGAAGAGCAGGAUACUGAGGAGUAAUUCAGUGCCUUCAGGAGACGCCUACUCCACCGUGGGCUCGCACCGAUUCGCUGAGAAGCCCCUCUCUCGCCCUUCCUCUCCCUCAUCUUCUGCUGUAGUCUUCACUCCUUCACUCUAUGAGCACCGAUUCAGUGCUGAGGUGGAGGAGAUGGUGAAGAAUCACAUGACCUACUCUCUGCAGGAUGUGGGUGGAGACGCUAACUGGCAGCUCGUGGUGGAGGAGGGAGAGAUGAAGGUGUACCGGAGAGAGGUGGAGGAGAACGGGAUUGUGCUGGACCCGCUGAAGGCCACACACUCUGUCAAAGGGGUCACAGGUCAUGAGGUCUGCCACUAUUUCUGGGACACGGAUGUCCGUAACGAUUGGGAGACUACUGUUGAAAACUUCAGCGUAGUGGAAACGUUGUCGGAUAACGCCGUCAUCAUCUACCAGACUCAUAAGAGAGUGUGGCCGGCGUCCCAGAGAGACGUCCUGUAUCUGUCUGCCAUCCGCAAGAUCGUGGCCAAUAACGAGAACGAUCCAGACACGUGGCUCGUCUGCAACUUCUCAGUCGACCACGAAAAUGCCCAGCCAAACAACAGAUGUGUGCGUGCUAAAAUCAACAUUGGGAUGAUCUGCCAAACGCUGGUCAGUCCACCAGAGGGCAACAAAGAGAUCAGCAGAGACAACAUCCUGUGCAAAAUCACAUAUGUGGCCAACGUGAAUCCUGGCGGCUGGGCUCCUGCGUCUGUCCUGAGGGCCGUGGCCAAGAGAGAAUAUCCCAAAUUCCUCAAGCGCUUCACUUCCUACGUCCAGGAGAAAACUGCCGGGAAGCCCAUUCUCUUCUGAGCACCAGUUCUGCUGUCAGUGUGUCUGAGCGCGUCCAGUUCCCACACACUCCUGCAGUCACACAGAAGACUCGUGGCCCACCGGCAGACGCUUGAAGCCCUUCUGUAGCGCCACACUAGUUCACACAGGCCCGUGUUUCUGCCAGAGGGCUAUAUUGAGACAAGUAUAUAUAUGUAUGUAUGUAAGUAAGUGAGAUGGGAAUUAUAUAUAUAUAUAUCAGAGAGUUUUGAUGCUGAACACACGAGACCGGCUGUUUUAGUCCUGAUUAUUAGUGUUUUUCUGUUUAGAACAAACAUUUCAGCUUUGCUUUCAUUGUCCUCGUAUAAUCGUCAUCGUUCAGUAUGGAAUGGUAGGCAUGUUUGUGAAUGACCUGUGGACCUGCCUUUCGUCUCGACGUUCGCCGUCUCUUUGAUGAAGCGCAGAAUCUGACGCUGACGAAGAGCUGGUAUGGACGAUUCUUUUCCCCCACGGUGUAAUCUUUAGUUAUAUCCGCGUGUCAGCAGCUGACGUACCGUAGCACAAUUACAGAUCCAUCGCGACAGGCAAACGAUUUUAAUACGUCGGACGGACUUUGCGCGCAGAUUAUUUGUAAAUAAUUUCAUUAUUGCUUGAGAUCGUCAGUCGAUGCUUUUACCUGACUAAUCCAACUCCAUAUGCCUUAGUGUGUGUGUGUGAGUGUGUGUGUGUGUGUGAGAGAGAAAGAGAGAGAGCGAUGAGAAGUGCGUAUUGCACUCGAAACAUUUCUAGAAAGUGCCUCAUUAUUGAUCUGGUACGUCUUGCUGUUCGUACCGCCCACGUUGUUAUUAUUAUAUGAAAACCACAGCCACGACCCAGGCAUCCUUUAGUGUUUCUACAGAGAUCAUUUCAUAUAGAUUUUUUUUUACCUUUUAUUAUUUAAACGUGAUUUUGCAAUCAGCAAACGUCAUCAGAGAAGUGUCUUCUCAUUGGAGAAGCUCUGAUGCCACUUCAAAAUUCUAUCCAAUAGGGAGAUAUGUGGUUGAAAUUUGGUAGUUGUUGAUUGGGUAGAAUUAGUUUAUUUAUUUCUUGAUCCUGAAGUAAAAACUUAAUCUCAAGCAUUCAUAAACAAUCUUACAGGCCACAAACGGGCAAAAAAAUUAUUCAUUUUUGUUUUGUUUUCCUGUACAAAUAUCAAAACGUUCUUAAAUAGAGAUGCAUUUACUUGAAAAAUGACUGAAUGAAUGUCUUGUUUUCUGAAAAAAUCGAAAUGCUUCAUUCAAAGAUUAUUUGGCUGAUAUUUCGUCUUGUUUUAAGUUUCUCUGAGAUAUUUGCAUAAACUCUAAUUCAUUUUAAAGUCGUUUUGUGUCUCAAGUAACUACAUCUUGAUUUAAGAAUGUGUCGAUAUUUGUGCUGGAAAACAAGACAAAAAUACUGAGUAACUGCAGAAUGACGAGAGCUUUUACAUUUUUUGCUCAACAUUUUCAUUGGUCAACUUGUCACAUGAUAGACUGUUAAAGACACUUUAGAGGACAAAAAAAAAAAGAGCAGGUGCACAACGACGACAUCCGAGUGUUUACGGUAAGCUUUCAAUUUUCAAAACGUCACGCUCGUACAACUUAAACAUUCCAGACACUCGCUGAACCCGAAUGUACGAAUCCACCGGAGUGAAACCGUAAAGCUGAAUGUGUUCCUGUAAAAAACAGAGGCGUUUGCUUGUGUGUUCCUCUAAUACAGUCUAGUGUGUUAUUAGUUGCAUUUGCACUGAAUGUAAAGUCCUCUGGGUUCAGAUGUUGUGUGUACAUACGCGUCACACACUAAAGGUGUCAGGAUCAACAUGUACUGUGAAUAGAGGCGGCGCCGCUGCCGGUUUAGAGAGGAAUAAAAUGAUUGACAU